GAGGGUCCAGGGGUGUUAUUUCGACUGUUGAUGGAAACAAUAUGUGCCUCGAAAGAGAAGGAGAGAGCGCAGGUAGGCUUUUUAAGAAUGCGCUACAGGAGAUGACUCCGCGUGGCUCAGAGAGGUUGCAGACGUAUGAGGCGGAGGGCUGACCCUAGUAGAUCUUCAUGGGGCAUACAGAUGCGUGCGUAGACGAAGCAACAGUCAUCACGAGCCGUGGGUCAGCACAAGUCACGAUGAAGGCGGUUAGGUGUGUGCGCAUGCCAGCUAUAGACGCCUCUUCGCGCCCGCAAUGGGCUGCGCAACCAGCAGCACUUUGGGUGUCAGCUAGCAGUCACCGCGGUCACCAGUCGUGAGUGCAAGCUGCGAUGAGUCAUGUUCAGUCGUGAGUGCGAGUGCUGCUGGAUGCUCUGCUGCGUCGCCAACGUACGGUCAGGCUCCGUGUUUUGGGUCUCGCCGCGGCGGUGUACGCGUCUCUUCUCGCGACGCGCCCUAUCCUCCAAUCGCGUGUGCAGUGUGAGUGCCGCCACGCG